AUGGACUCCACCGACGGCCAGUGCAUCUACCAGUCGAGCGAUUUCUGCUCGCGCGAGCUGUCCCUCGAGCAGCUGGAGCGCGUGCGCCGGUCGUCGGCAUACGCGCGCCCGGGCCAAACUUUCAACCCCUUCAAUCCCUUUGGCGGGGCGGGCCCCGGGAUGCUGGGUCUCGGGCCGGGGCCGGGUCCCGGCCCAGCCUCCCCGGUGGCUGUGACCCCACCUCCGCAGGACAUGGAGUACAUCGACCUGGCCCUGAACCCGGAGACGCACACCAAGUACGAGGGCGAGGCAGCGCACCGGAUCUGGCGCACCAUGUACCAGCAGCAUGUGAGCAGGCCGCUGGCUCGGUCGAAUGCGGUGGCCGCGGCGGCCGCCGCGGCAGCAGCGCCCUCGGGCCAUGGUGAGCAGCCGGCCCUGGUGGCGGCCGCCGAGGCCGCCGUGGCUGAUCCGUCGUCCUUCUCGGAUUUGGACCUGAAGUCGCUGUGCCCGGAGCGCCAUGCUCUGUACCGGAUCAUCAGCGGCAUGCAUGCGUCGGUGUCGGCGCAUCUGUCGGCGCGGCACUCCUCCGGCAGCGGACCGCUG